AUGAAGUCCAACGCUGUCAUUGCCGUGCUUGUUUCUCUUACUGGUUCUGGCGUUCUUGCUGGUCCUUGUAAGCCUGUGACUUCACAGGCCACUCAGGUUACAUCUGCAACAACAGAGGAGUCCACUUUCAUCGAUUUGACUACUACUAUCACGGCAUCCGAUACCACAGCCGAAUCCCACAUUCCCUCUACUACGGAUGUGAGCUCGGAGACCACCGUCGAUGCUACUGCUGAGUUAACCACAACCACUGCGAUUGCCGAAACCACGUCUGCGGGCACAACCAUCACCUUGGAUGCUAGCACUACGACUGCUGAGCCGUCUACAACCACAACGAGCCCGCCUCAAUGCCCUACUCCAGUCCCUUGCAACAAUCUAGGCUUUGACUGGGGCUACUAUAGCAACCCUGCCCAGAACACCGAUACCACGUAUUCCAACUUUGUUCCCGAGUCCUUCAAGCAAGAAUCCCUUCUUUUGGACGGCACCAGCCGUAGGAUCGGUGGACUAUACGAAAGUCAGAAUGGCGUUUCAGGGCCCAUCUACGGUUCAAGAAGCGACGUCCCCUUGAACUACUUUGCUCUGAACCACCAUGGUUACCUCUAUACCUGCGAGGCCGGUACUUACAAGUUUGACAUCCCGUAUGCCAACGACGCCGUGUAUCUCUGGCUUGGUGCAAAGGCAUAUGCUGGAUGGACAUCGGGCAAUGCUGACGCCAAGGCUCUUUACAACCAGCCUGACCACAUUGCUGGUAGUGCUUCUUUCCAAGUUAAUCUGCCAGCCAGUACAUACAUCCCGAUUCGAUUUGUGUAUGGGCAAGCCCAAUAUGGCGGUGGUUUCACGUUCAAGGUCACGGAUCCUAAUGGACAGGUCCUUGUUGGUGAUGAUGUUGAUUCUAGUCUGUAUGUUGUACGAUAUUCCUGUGAUGGAGUCACGGCACCUGCGUACCCACCGUUUGGUCAAGAGAUUUGA